AUGGGUCCCCUCGGAGGGCCGGGCAGGGAAAGGCCGCCCUUGCCCUUCACAAAGAUGGCGGCUGCGGCUACGGGCGGGGCGGCCGUUUGCCCGGCAGGCGGAAGCGGGACCGGGAUCGGGAGCGGGCGCGGGGUCGCCAUGCUGCGGGCGGCCGGGCUGCUCUGGCUGCUGCUGCCGGGGCUGGCGGCGCUGGAGCCGCUCAGCGUCAGCCUGGCCAUCGGCGUGGCCUGGGCCAUCACCGGCUACCUGUCCCACCCCAACUUCUACUGCAGCUACGUGGAGUGCUGCCCCAGCGACGGGCACCGCAUCAACGCCACCGCGCUGAAGGCACAGCUGGAUGCCAAGCUCUUCGGGCAGCACCUGGCCAAGGAUGUGGUGCUGAGGGCGGUGAUGGGCUUCACCAACAACCCCAGCCCCAAGAAGCCGCUGACGCUCUCGCUCCACGGCUGGGCCGGCACCGGCAAGAACUUCCUCAGCCAGAUCUUGGCGGAGCAGGUCCACCCGGCCGGCCUGCGCAGCAAAUUUGUCCAUCUCUUCCUGGCCACCCUCCACUUCCCCCACCAAGAACAAGUCAAGCUCUACAAGGAACAGCUCCAGAACUGGAUUCGGGGCAACGUCAGUGCCUGUCCCCACUCUGUCUUCAUUUUUGAUGAGAUGGACAAAAUGCAUCCAGGUCUCAUCGAUGCCAUCAAGCCGUUCUUAGACUAUUACGAGCAGGUUGAUAGGGUGUCCUACAGGAAAGCCAUCUUCAUCUUCCUCAGCAAUGCAGGUGGUGACUUAAUUAAUAAAGCAGCUCUUGACUUCUGGACAAGUGGAAAGCGCAGGGAGGAGAUUCAGCUGAAAGACCUGGAGCCCCUGCUGUCUGUUGGAGUCUUCAAUAACAAGAACAGUGGACUGUGGCACAGCAGCCUCAUCGACAGGAACCUCAUUGACUACUUUGUCCCCUUCCUGCCCCUGGAGCACAAGCACGUGAAGAUGUGUGUCAGGGCUGAAAUGACAGCCCGUGGCUACGUCGUCGAUGAGAACAUCGUUCAAGCGGUGGCUGAUGAGAUGACGUUCUUCCCCAAAGAGCAGAAAAUCUACUCUGAUAAAGGCUGCAAGACUGUACAAGCCAAGCUGGAUAUACAUGAAGACUUUGUGUUGAGAGAUACAAAAGCCAAGGGGUGAUCACCCAUCAGGUCUCCAAAGCACUUUCAGAGCUUUCGGAAACCUGUGUAUUUGCACUAAAGCUUUUUUACUGUUGCAGGGAGUACGGUGAAAAUACCAGGAUGACCUGUGUGAGCUUUUUAAUUUUGUUUUUUUAACUUAACAUCCCACUGUUCAUCUCUGAACUGGCUGGUAUCCAAAUGUUGCCCCCCUUUAUUUUUCUUUUAACCUAUAGAGAAUUUCUGAUGACGCAUCUAUAGCACUGGAUACUGCCUCUGCUGCUUUAUUCUUCAAAGCGCUGUAUUACGAAGUAUUUAACUCCUCUUUCCACAAAAACUAGACUAGAGCAAAGGAGAACAAGGAAUUAUUUCAGCAGUUGUAUUCCCUGCCAUGUACGUGGUCUUAUUCACGGGGUAGUGAAAUGAUGGGAUGUGUGGUGUGUUCAGGACUGUGAUAGUGUGUGCAGGGGUGAAUACCAGUAAGAAACUGGUAUGGUGGAAAGAUUCCUCUCCUUCACAGCAGAUUGAUGAUGUUGUGGCUUCUACAGAGGAGCAUCAGCUAUUCAGGGACAGAAGGUCGUGAUUGUAGUUCAUGUCUGAGCUGUGGCUUCCUAUCACAUCUCUGGCUACAGUAAUGUAAAGUCAUGAUGAGAUCAGGGAAAUCUGUCACUAUUUAGUGAUGAAGGAUGGGGGAGGAAGUAACUGCUUGCUCCUCUGCUUCUUUAGGUAAAAAGAAAUUGUAAAAGAAACUUUAUAUUCUUCUAACUAAGGGGGCUAAAUGAAGCUGUGUGGUAACUCUAGGGUGUUUGUCUUCCUAAGCAGAAGGACACAUCUGAGGGAUCCAACUGUUCCAACAGACUAAGCCAGUCUCCUGUUUUUAAUUAAAAAAAAUCUCUUGGGAGGAUUUGACUCUUACAGCUUGUCAGGUUAGUCUGCACGUGGGCUUCUGGGCCUGAAGUCUGCAAGAUCUUUAGCGGUACCUCCCCGCUGCACCCAACAGCCUGGGAGCGAGUGCUCCUGCUCUCACCUUGCUUGGAAGACACCUUCAUGACAGAAGUUACUUUUAAUAAUGUGUAUUUUUAUACUGAAAUGUAAACAACAACAAUACAAAGCUUUUCCUCAAGAGCCACAGAGGGGGUAUGGGAAAGGGGAGCCAUCAACAACAAUCCCGUGCUUCACUAGAUAAGUAUGUUUUAUAGUAGCUUUUAACAUUAAAGGAUGUCUGUGUGGAAGGGUGAGUGAUGAGUCAGGAAGCUGGGAAAGACUGAUUUAACCUUCACCCACUUGGUAAGGCUGGGGUUUAAAAUCGUUGUGAUCUUUAACUCUUUCAUCAUCCAUCACUUGUCAAAUAUUGUACUGCAAGACAGAAGUGCCUAUCGCUUGGUUGAUUGUAGUGUGUUUUUUAAACGGGUGUGAGGGAUUGGGCUAUUUUUGUGUUGCAGCAUUUACUUCCUCAUUUGUACCUAAACUCGCUUUAAGAUGUGAUGCGGAACUUACAGGUCUCAACACUAUUAUGUUAUUGCAAAUUACAACAGAAAGCUUAGCAUUUAAGGUCUAAACUAGAAGUGCCAAUUGCUUUUUACAACCCCACGUGGAAUUUGUCAAAUGUUGGCAAACUGUUCACGCUGAUGCAAUCUCGAGAGCCAAAUGCUCACAAGCCAUUAACCUUGGGACAUUGGACUGUUAUUUCUCAUGUAUAAUGUUUUGCCUAUUAACUGGCUUACUCCUAGGUGUAAAUGCUGCAUCCAGUUUCAGGCACUCCAAAUACAAAAUACUUGUGCAAUUUCAAAACACUAUAUAUUACUACUGUACUGCGGUUGGAAUAAAUCUUAAGUCACUUUUC